UAACGUGUUACUUUUAAAAAAUAACCCACAUACCGCAUAAAAUUUGCAACAAUAUUGCUGCAAUACCGUUGCAUAUGUUACAGCAUUGUUGCUGCAACUUUUGUGUUGUAGGGGAACUUUCCAUUCCUUGAUAAUGAGUUACAGAAUACAGGGGAAGAUGGUUUAUAUACAGCGCGAUCGAAAUAACAAUGGAUUGAGUUCUUAGACAGUAUUGUAAGAGCUAUCGCACGAUACGAGUGAUUCACAGUCUGAGUGAUUCAGCUUAUAAUCCAGAAUAGCACAUAGGGAAAUUAUUUAUUUAGAAUUUUAAAUCAAGUUUUAAUUUUAAAUUUAAGUCAAGAAAUAAGAAAGGGUUAAUUAGGCUGCGGUCCACUUGCUUCUUUCAAAUGCUCUGAACGCUACACUCCAAACGCUACGCUCCGAAUGAUCCAAUAGUGUUCCGAAUGCUACAAUUGCUACGUGAGCGCUUAGCCAAUCCAUCUCCCGAGGGUGAGGCAGUUGGAACAAAAACGAUGAUAUAUUGAUGAGGUAAUCGGAAUUGCUGAGAGCGUUCCGAAACGUCAAAUGGACUAGUCACGGAUCCUAUUCAAGAAAAGGAUUAUUGAUCGCGAAUCCGGCUCUCGCUCAAAAUAAAAAUAUCAUCAUUUAAAAUUUAUAAGUCGUAUUGUUGCAGGAGAUGAAUCAAUCAACUACAUGUACAUUAGCUAGUGAAACUGGUCUCGAUGGGCCAGACCAGGUACUAUCUACGGACAUAGAUGCUACAUGCAACGCCGGCGGCAGAGUACGAAUAAAGUUAGAUAGCAAUGGAUCUAAUUCAUGCAUGCCCGUGUCAAUCCCUGGAGUUUUAACUAGAACAGCAAAGCUUUAUCCUGACCAUAUAGCGUUGGUGUCUAGACCUGAUGUCAACGGCAAAAGAGCCACAUAUACUUUCCAAGAAUACGAGUCUGUUAUAAGAAUCGUCGCGAAAGCGUUUCUAAAGUUGGGUUUGGAGCGAUAUCAUAGUGUUUGCAUAAUGGGAUUCAAUAGUCCGGAAUGGUUUAUUGCCGAUCUCGCGACUAUAUAUGCUGGUGGAAUCGCUACAGGGAUUUAUAUCACAAAUUCUCCAAAGGCAUGCCAAUAUUGUGCCGAAGACAGUCGGGCAAAUAUAAUAGUCGUUGAAGAUGAAAAGCAAUUGCGGAAAAUCUUGCAAAUAAAACACAAUUUGCCCCACUUGAAAGCAAUUGUUCAAUAUAAUGGCAUACCUACCGAAAAGGAUGUUUUGAGUUGGAACGAUUUAUUGGACAUAGGUAAAAAAGAAUCGGAGGAUAAAUUACUAUCUGUGUUAAAAACGAUAGGAGUAAAUGAAUGUUGUAUUUUAGUAUAUACGUCGGGAACAGUCGGAAGUCCAAAAGCUGUAAUGUUAAACCAUGAUAAUGUGCUGUUCAAUCUACGUGCAUUAUUGCAAAUGCUACGUUUAAAAGAAAAAUCAGAGAUUAUAGUUAGCUAUCUGCCACUGUCUCAUAUGGCAGCACAGCUAAUUGAUAUCGUAAUAAACAUUAUGUUAGCGAGCACUGUAUAUUUUGCGGACCCAAGUGCAUUAAAGGGUACGUUAAUAAAUACGUUACUUGUUGCACAACCAACUUUUUUCGUAGGUGUGCCCAGAGUAUGGGAAAAGAUAUAUGAAAAAAUGCAAGAGAACGCGCAUAAUAACGGCGUAAUAAAAACCUGCAUUGCUAAAUGGGCAAAAGCACAAGCUCUUCAUUAUUACACGAAUAAAAUAAAUGGCAUGGAUUAUAAACAUUGGGGCUACGUUUUUGCUAAAUGGCUUGUUUUCGACAAAGUCAAGGCAGCAUUAGGUUUAAAUAAGUGUCAAAUCUUCGGUAGCUCAGCAGCACCCUUGAAUAUCGAUAUUAAAAAGUAUUUCCUGAGUUUAGACAUGCCUCUAUUAGAGGGAUAUGGAAUGUCUGAAUGUAGUGGAGCUCAUACAUUAAAUGAUAUUAACAAAUACAGCGUGGAUGGUGUAGGAAAGACUUUACCCGGACUAUGUACAAAAUUAGACAAUAUAGAUGAACAUGGCGAGGGAGAGAUUUGUAUGAGUGGACGACAUAUAUUUAUGGGUUACUUAAAUGCACCAGAAAAAAUAGAAGAAACCAAAGAUAAAAAUGGUUGGUUACAUAGUGGUGAUCUUGGCAAAUUAGAUUCAAAUGGGAAUUUGUUUAUUACUGGUAGAAUAAAAGAUCUUAUAAUCACAAGCGGAGGGGAAAAUGUGGCACCGUAUAAUAUAGAACAAUCGAUAUUAUCGGAAAUACCAUAUUUAAGUAAUGCUACGGUAAUUGGAGAUCGAAGAAAAUAUUUAACUGUCCUUGUCACGCUUAAGAGUAAAAUGAAUGAAGAGACUGGCGCGCCUUUGGAUACGCUAGCGCCAGAUGUAUUAAAAUGGGCACAUUCUAUUGGUAGUAGUGCUAAAACAGUUACAGAAGUCAUAAACUCCCGCGAUACAGCCAUAUAUGAAGAAAUCGACAAGGCAAUUAAGAGAGCAAAUAUGCAAGCCAUAAGUAAUGCUCAAAAAGUACAGAAAUUUGAAAUUCUUCCUCAUGAUUUUUCGAUUCCAACUGGCGAAUUGGGGCCCACGUUAAAGCUUAAAAGGAACGUCGUACAAACGGUGUAUGCUGAUUUGAUAAAUAAAAUGUAUGAAUAAAACUAUACACUACACAAUAUCAGCAUCGACUAACAAUAACAUAAUAUCAAUGUAACAAUUUUAUAUUGAACAAUAUACAGUGCAACUCCGUUGAUCAU